AUUGGUGUAAGACAUCAAAGUACCGCUCUCUAAUCGCUCUCGCAGUACUUUCUUAUACACCAAUCGGUCUACGCAGCACCACUUCAAGUUGAACACACCUAUUAUGUUGAGGUAAACGUGUUCCUGUGUCAACAUAUUUUGUUGACCCUAGAACAACAUUCCUGUCUGAAAAUCUAAUCCAAACCAUAUACCUACCCAUAAACCUAACCCAACCCAUAAGUUAUCCCUAAAAUCAGAGGGAAAUGAUAGGUGAAUAACACUAAUGUAGAAGCACCUAACCCUGGUUGUAAGCCUAAACUUGACAAACUAUAAACUUGUCCCUCAAAUUUGAUUGGUUGAUUGGAAUGUUGUUCCAUGAGCAACAAAGAUGUUGAUCCAGGAACAAGCUGCACUUGGUAAAAUCGGGUUUUGCGAUAUACACAGGCCAAUGAAUUGACUGUCUUCAAAUGACUCUCCACCCUGACAGAAGUUUGUGGGUUAUGACAUGUUUUGGCCUCACCUUGGGAAUGACCAUCUGCUUACAGUCAUACUCAGAUUGGGAUGUUAAUCUUACAACAUGCAGGAGGAACCUUUAUCUGGUGCCAAGAGGUAAAUCGAAAGUUACUAUAUGCGUGAGAGAGAUUAUGUGACCUUAAAGAGAUUAGGUUCAGUAAACCCCAAGAGCCUUUAAUUGGGAAAAAGCUUAGACACGUGUGGAUCAGUUACACAUACUUGAUGAGAAUUACGUGAUUGAUGAGCACUUGGAACUACAGUAGUGUACAGCAGUCAAAACCUGUCUUUUCAAUCUUAAAUUACAAUGUACUCACAACAUCCAGACUUUUAUGGAAGGAUUAUGUAUUUAGAACUACAAUUUUUACCGCAAAAGCUGCCGAGUUGGGUUUAACCAAUGUGACCAAGACUGUUUGGUGAAAAAGAAGCUUUGUAAAUUGAACAGUCUACUGUAGUCUACUCUUAUAUGCAUUACUACCUUUACAAUCCCAAAGUUUAGCAAGAGUGAAACUACUGCAUUGAAUGUUUACAUCUCGUUAUGCAACUCUAAGCCGCACGUGUUAGGCUUACCUACUGCAAAGGAUUCACACAUUGCCUUGGCCAAACCCCUUUCCCAACACCCUAUAAAGAGCCAAGCUAUUCCUGCAGGCUAUUUCCACAGUGGCUGUGUCUGAAGAAAAAAGUGGAUGUUGGGAGCUCUGGAAACCACUGGUUGUCCUGAUCAUGCGAAAGAUCACAUCCCAUUUCUGUCGCACUACACCUCAAAGACUGAAUUCUUGUCCUACGUGCUGCUCUACCUGGUGAAGAUGCCUUUCCCGCCUGUGACCAGACCUCGAAGUCUUCCCAGCUCGGGCAAAGAAAAACUUUCAGGACCGUCGCCUGUCAUUCCGAUCAAAACUGUGGAGGAGAAAAGUUCUGUGAAGGAGCGGCUCAAGAAGUUGAGCAAGAAGGCCUCGCCGCACAAAAGCAAGUUGCCCACCAGUCGAGCCACUUCUGGCUUGAGGAUGGAGGGUAAAAACACCUGGAUUACGACUCCAAGACCUGCAGAUCCUUCAAGCUCCACGACCCCAACUUCUUCUAAAAGUACUUCUGACAUUAGUACCUCUGCAACCAAUCUGGCAACAAUCUCCUCUAGCAAGAUGUUUCCUGCCAGCGUUUCAGCAACAAGCAUCCCAACAGACUCUUGUAGUCUGCAGGCCUCGUCUGGAUCAGACCAUGGAUUAAACAGCAAAUCUAACUUCUCUCUCAACCUGACUCCUGAGGCCACCUUGCUCCUGCAGAAACGUAGCCGUGAGAAACAGCUCCGUGGCACCGUAACAACAUCGCAGAAAGGCCGCCAGCCUGCCAAGUCGGGUUCUCGAUCUAACAUCCCACUGGUGAAGAUAUCUCUUCUGAAUGACCGUCACCGAUACGAUGACGUGGAAUAUGAGGAAGACAAAGAGCAGAGUGUGGAUCAGAGCGUCCUACUGAAAUGUUCUGAAUGGUUGCGAGGGGUGGAGAGCGCUGCCGGAGCUACAGUCCUGUGUAGAAUGGACAAAAUCAGCCAGAAGAGCAUUUAACUGAUGAGAUGCUACAUGUCCUGUUACUUGUGCUGUUGACUGUGACUUGAGAAACAUGGUAGUUUUGAGAUGUGGUUGACCAAUAUGGGUCCUGCAAUGGCUGAUGUUGAUCCUAACAAUUAAAGAGCUGGGUGCCUUAUGGCCAGUACAUGCAGAACAUUUGGUAACACUUUAUUUCGAUGGUCCACUUUUGACAUUCUACUAAUUAUGUUACUUUGCAACUACAUGUCAACUAGCAAUCAGAGUAUUAGUAGACUGUCUGCUUAAUAUCUGCUAACAUGGUCCCCUAACAGACAUGUUACUCACUAAAAGUAACUUUUCAACUACAGGAUGUCAACUUAUUCUACUCACCUGAAUCCUAAUCUACCAGUCUACUAAUACUCUAAUGAGAGUGACAUUGAGAGUGAAUUGUUGACAUGUUGCAAAGUUAUUUAUAGUUAGUACAAUUUCUAAAGUGGACCAUCGAAAUAAAGUGUAACCGAACAUUUUAUUGCUUCGUUUAAUAGCAGAAAAUUAGAUGUAGAUGUAAUUGCAAAAUUUAUUUUACACAGUAUCUCUAAAAUAGAAUAUUUAAUGUUUACAUUCAACAUUGAGAUUUCAGACCUGACUUCUGGGAAACUAACACUUGUUAAGUGUUAUUGCACAGUUAUUGGCUUAUUUUGAUUUAUGAUGAUUUAGCAGUCUAGCACUAUUGUUGUAGUACUGUAAGACUUCUGGAGACUUUACAUGGAUGUUUUUUCUUUAAAAUGCAUUCAUAAAAAGACAUUGUCUAUAAAACACUGAUCUGACUGAGAAUAAAAGAUGAUCUGCAUCAUACCACCACUCAUUCCUGUCUGAACACAUCAAGCCCUAACUCUUCAUUCUAAGAACACACGACUCACAGAUAAAUUUGCUGUACUUCACUAUAAGUAGCUUAAAGGACACGGUUUAAACAGGCUUAGCAACAACAUUGCACGCUCGUAGCACUUCCUGAUCUCAUUAACAGACAGGUGCAUUCACUUUUAGCCCAACAGCAAACACGGUAGAGGUAACCAAUAGUUAUGUUUCUGCUACUACAUCAAUCCCAAGUAGAAAUCAAAGGAAGUGGACCGCUAAGAGGUUUUCCAGCAUUCUCCCUGUUGUUUUAGAUAAUAUUUACUAAAAAUACAGUGAAAACAGUAAUAUUGUGAAAUAUUACCAUGUUUUAUAAUUUAAUAUAUUUUAAAAUGUCAUGAUCAAUGCUGAAUU